AUGUCUUCUUCUUCGUCAACUCCACUCAAACUGGCCAUCCUGGAUGACUACGCCUCGAUCGCCCUGCCGCACUUCCAGUCGCUGCUGUCGUCGGCACCGGGCCAGGUGCAGAUCGACUCGUUCCCCAGCACGCUCAAUGCGCGGAUCCCGGCCGAGCACGCGCAGCUCGUGGAGCGGCUGAAGCCGUACACGAUCAUCUCGAGCAUGCGCGAGCGCACGCUGUUCCCGCGCUCGGUGCUCGAGCAGCUCCCGAACCUGAAGCUGCUGCUGACCACGGCCAUGAAGAACGCGGCCAUCGACCUGGCGGCCUGCAAGGAGCGGGGCAUCACGGUCGUCGGCACCGCGCCCAAGCCCAACGCCGUCAAGGGCUACGACGCCACCAACGAGAUCACCUGGGCCCUGAUCCUGGGGUUCGCCAAGGACCUCGUGCACGGCGACGCGCUGAUCAAGUCGGUUCCCGGGGGCUGGCAGACCCACCUGGCCGUCGGGCUGGCGGGCAAGACGCUCGGCCUGCUGGGCCUGGGCAAGCUGGGCACGCAGUGCGGCGUGACCGGCGUGCUGGGCUUCGGCAUGAAGGUGGUGGCGUGGUCGAGCUCGCUGACGCAGGAGAAGGCCGACGAGGCCGCCGAGUCACGGGGCCUGCCCAAGGGGACGUUCCAGGUGGCCGCGUCGAAGCGCGAGCUGUUUGAAAAGGCCGACGUGCUCAGCGUGCACUACGUGCUGUCGGACCGCAGCCGCGGCAUCGUGGGCGCCGACGAGCUGGCCGCCAUGAAAAAGUCGGCGUUCCUGGUCAACACGUCGCGCGGACCGCUGGUCGACGAGCCCGCCCUGGUCGCGGCCCUCGAGGCCGGCCAGAUCCGCGGCGUGGCCCUCGACGUCUUCGAAACCGAACCCCUCCCCACGGACAACACGCCCUGGCGCCGCAGCGACUACUGGGGCACCCAGGGCCGGAGCCGCGUCCUGCUGAGCCCCCACAUGGGCUACGUCGAGGAGGAGACCAUGAAUAGUUGGUACGAGCAGCAGGCUCGUGCCGUGGCCAGCUGGCUCAAGGGCGAGGAAGUCAAGGGCAUUAUGCAACCGUAG